AUGCGCUCCGACAAGCCGCGCGACCCGGUUGCCGGCCCCGACGCAGGCCCGGAGCCUCCUUAUCCAGUGCGACUGUCAGGGCCAGUGAUCAAGGGAUUUGGCCGCGGAAGCAAAGAUCGCAACGCACGCAAUAGACCCUCCGCUGACUUGCUCUCCCGGAUCGGAUGGCUGCAGCUCGGAAUUCCCACCGCCAACAUCCCCGCCGAUGACCUUUCCGAGAAGCACCCAGAACUGACAACCGGUGUCUACUACGGCGUUGUAGCGCUCGAUCCGAAAACAUACCAACAUGAGAUAUCCGAGAGUAGCGCAUCUACUGCGGUGGUUUUGCCUGCCGUGUUGAGUAUCGGUUAUAACCCUUUCUAUAAGAACACCGUGCGGUCUGUGGAAAUCCAUAUUAUGCCUGCUCUCACAGAACCAUCCCCCACCGCUGCGGGUCAGGAGGGUCAGACUAAGUUCAAUCGCUUGCCGGAUUUCUAUAAAACAAAACUCAACCUGCUGAUUCUGGGUUAUAUCCGGCCUGAGUUUGAUUAUGUCUCACUGGAGGCAUUGGUGGAGGAUAUUCGGGUGGAUUGUGAGGUUGCGCGGGAAAGUCUGCUGCGUGAAGCUUACAAGUGCUAUCUUGUUGACAGCGGUAAAACGUCUGGGAAAGUGAGCGAGGAUCGUGAGUGGUUGUUGAGUUUUGAUUAA